CGAGACCGUGCAGCACUGACUGCGCCACAAAUCCGUUUCCGAUACAUGAUCCUAUAGGCUGCGACGAUGAGCAGCGCCGGCAGGCGGCGCCGGGGCACGAGCUCCAUUGCCCCGUCUCCGACCUCCUCUUCCUCGCCCUCCGGCCGCCCGGAGCCGCGGCCCUCCCAGCUCCCCCAGUGGAAGUUCUCCCAGGUCCUCGGCGACCUGCCGCCCGCGGCUGCCGCCGGCCGCGGCAACGGCCCGGCCGCGCUCCAAGACGCCGCGGACGAAAUCUCGGCAAUCGAGUUCGACGCCCGCGGCGAGUACCUGGCCGCCGGCGACCACGCCGGGCGCGUGAUCCUCUUCCGGAGGGCCGACGAGGAUGAGGCACGUCCGCAGGCGCGGCCUCGCGCCGAGCUGGAGCGCGCGGACCGCGCCGGCGUGCCGCCGCCGCCGAGGUACAGCUUCGCGACGGAGUUCCAGAGCCACGAGCCGGAGUUCGACGUGCUGCACAGCCUGGAGAUCGGCGAGAAGAUCAAGAGGGUGAGGUGGUGCGCGCGGCCGAACCGCUCCCUGUGCAUGCUCGCCACGAACGACCGCACCGUCAAGCUCUGGAAGGUCUCUGAACACAAGGCGCCGAAGAAAGGGGACGGCGAGCCGCGCCGCCGGAGCACGAGCACCGCGGCGUCGUUGCCUCUGCGGGAACCACGCUCUGAACGGGCGACCACGAAACCGAGGGGCUCGUCUGCAGAUUCUGCCGAGCUAAUUGAAAAGGUAGGUGAUGUGGGCGAUGGGUACUCUGCCAAGUGCAGGAGAGUCUUCGAUCGUGCUCACGAGUUCAACAUCAACUCCAUCUCGAAUAACUGUGACGGGGAGACGUUCGUGUCCGCGGACGACCUGCGGAUCAACCUGUGGCACCUGGAGGUGACGAGCCAGUGCUUCAACAUCGUGGACCUGAAGCCGGCGGACAUGCAGGAUCUCGUAGAGGUGAUCACCACGGCCGAGUUCCACCCGUCGUCCUGCAGCCUGCUGGCCUACGGCAGCUCCAGCGGCCGCGUCCGGCUGGUCGACCUGCGGCGGUCGGCGCUGUGCGACCAGAGCGUCAGAACAUUCCGGGAUCGCGAGGGCCGCCCUCAGCCCAGCACGUUUUUCACCGAGAUAAUCUCCUGCAUCACCGAUCUGAAGUUCACCGGCGAGGGGAGAUACCUUCUAACCCGCGACUACAUGAACCUCAAGCUCUGGGACAUGCGCGUGGGGACCUCCCCAGUCGCCACAUACAAGGUGCACGAGUUCCUUCGCCCAAAGCUGUCAGAGCUUUACACCGAGGACUACAUCUUCGACCGGUUCAGCUGCUGCGCCAGCAAGGACGGGAGCUACUUCGCCACUGGGUCUUACAGGUUCUCACUACUGAAACGCAUGGACCCAGACAACACUUUCAAAGUUUUCUCCCGAACUGCUGUGCAGACCACUGGUACUACGUUAGAAGCUAGCGCCAAUCCUUACAGGGUACAACCACAAACUUCCGCAAAGAUUCCAGCACUGCUCAGCAAUUUCUCUCUCGGAGUGAGUAGAAAAGGUCAGGACAGUCUCAGGUCAGACGGCAAGGAGGAAAUUCCAUGCAACCUGGCAUCAAGGGUCACACAUCUGGCGUGGCAUCCGACGGAGAAUUUCAUCGUUUGUGCAGCCAAUAACAGCUUGUACAUGUACCAUACAUAAGCACACUCAUGUCAUAUGUACAGAACAAAUUGCAGAGUACCAUUCAUAACUAUUCAAGCCGAGAGAGGAAGAUGCUCUGCCACGUUACAAUGCGUGUUUUGAGCAAAAUAUUUAACUGAAUGUACAUUGCUCGAAAUCUUCAGCAGAUCAGAGAAAGGAAAAGACGCUCCUGCAAUUAAGAAAAGAGUCGCCACUCUCA